AUGGCUAGGACACAUCUCAUUAUUCUCAUCAACUCCCUAGUGUGUGUAACACAGGCAUUGCCUGUACAUAUUGCGGAUCAGCAAUUUAUAAAUUCUGUUUCUGAAAGAAUGGGAAUAGAUGGCAGGAAUAUUGGUAUUUCAACCAAUGAUGUCUCUGUUCCCGCACAUAUGCGUCUCAAAUACUGGUCGUUAGCGAUGAAACAUAAACGGUUGUCGAGAGAGAAGCGGUCCAGGUUUAAUCUUCCCACGUUCGCCAAAGUGAUACGGGAAAAUGAAGCUUUCCUCUCAGAUGUCUUAUACGCCGGAACAAUGCGACAUCAACUCAGAUUUGACAUGGUAGGGAAAAUAGAUAGAGACAGUCGAGUGACAAUUGCAGAGCUGAAACUGUACAAAGAGCGUCCAAACUUUACUAUGCAUAAGCACUUACAAAACGGUACCAGUCAAAGUCACAGCCACCACGCACGUGUUAGUAUCCAUCACGUGAUCAAGUCGCCCGAUAACAGCAGUGAUACAGCCAAUAUUAUCGUAGAUUCCAGACUGGUGGAAUUGAACGAUUCUGGUUGGAAAACAUUUGAUGUAACAAGUGCAGUCGAAAGAUGGUCUCAGGACCCCGGCGAAGAAUUCCUGUUGGAACUAUGGAUAGAAGGGGAUCGUGCAACGUCUCAUGCUAUUAAAGUGGCCAAGAAUGUCGAGUUUGUAACAGAACAAACCAAUGUUGAACAGAAACCAAGACUUGUAGUAUAUACUGAACAUUACGAACAGAGGUUCGACCCUACAGACUGUGGUGAAGGUACAGCCAGCGAGACAUGUUGCAGGAGGCCAAAAUAUAUCAGUUUCCGAAAUAUGGAGUGGACAAAUCGUUGGAUAAUAGAACCUAGAGGAUACGAAGCGUACGAAUGUGUUGGACCGUGUCACAUCAGACAUAGUUCACAAGCCACUGAUUUAAUAAAUUGUGGAGUGUCCAAGAGUUCACCAUUGCCAAUGAUGUACUUAAUCCAAAAGGGGGAUAUCACCCAAGUGGAGGUGUCAGAAAUACCAAAUAUGGUGGUCGAAGAAUGCGAAUGUUUGGCAUAA